AUGAAAUGGCUUGUGUUUUUUUCAAUCCUGGGACUGGCUGCGUCGCUCCCGGCCGGCACCGAUGUGGGUGAUAAGAUCGUUGGGGGGCACCUCUGCCCGGAGCCGUCUGUUCCCUACCAAGUGUCCCUGAAUGCCGGGUACCAUUUCUGUGGGGGGUCCCUGAUCAGCACCCUAUGGGUGGUCUCUGCCACUCACUGCUACAAGGCGCGCAUGAAAGUGAUUCUCGGGGAGCACAAUAUUAGGGUUCUGGAGGGGCCGGAACAAUUCAUCCAAUCGGCUAAAGUCCUGCCCCACCCUCAGUACGACCCGCGUCUCCUAGACAACGACAUCAUGUUGGUCCGACUCGCCAAACCUGCCAGGAUCAACAGUCGGGUUCAGCCCGUCAGUCUCCCCACCCACUGCACCCCCGUGGGCACCGACUGCCUUGUCUCCGGCUGGGGCAAAACCCUGAGCAAUGGGGUUAAUUACCCCGACCUCCUGCAGUGCCUUAUUGCCCCCAUAUUGAGUGACCGAGAGUGUCAGGGUUCGUACCCAGGGCAAAUCACAGAGAAUAUGGUCUGUGCAGGAUAUCUGGAGGGGGGCAAGGAUGCCUGUCAGGGAGACUCGGGGGGCCCCCUGGUGUGUAACGGGGAGCUGCAGGGAGUCGUAUCGUGGGGUGAGGGCUGUGCCCAUGCAGGGUACCCGGGAGUCUAUACCAAGGUGUGUAACUAUGGGGCAUGGAUUGGGCACAACAUGGGCACUUACUGAAUAUGGAAAAA